CCCAUUGUCUCCCCGGGUAUAUAUAUAUCUAAGAGGAUGUCUGGGGCCGGUCGUGUGCCAAAGUGCCUGCUCGCGCGACUCCAGAGCGGCCGGGAUCACUCCCCAGACAAGAGGGGUCGCGUGGCCUCCCGGCUCUGGCCUCGCGACUCGACGGGACCCCCGAGGACCGCGCCAAGAAGGAAGGAGACCCUGCAUGCCUCCUCGAGAUGUCCUCCUCUGCCCUGGAGACCAACUCCUCCGACCUGGACAACAGCAGUGAGGUGUCCUUUUGCCUCACAGAUGAUGAAGUUAGCAGUUUCCAGAUCCCUUCUUUGGCUUCCCCCAAGCAUGUCUCUUCCCCAGAGCUCAGCCCAGUCAAAAGGGAAGAAGAGAAAGAACGGAAGAAGCGAAGAGGCCGCACCAAGGUCAAAAAUGAAGCUGUCCUUCACACCAUCAAGAAGACCAGGAGGGUGAAGGCAAACGACAGGGAGAGGAACCGCAUGCAUAACCUCAAUUCAGCCUUGGAUGAGCUCAGGAGUGUCUUGCCCACCUUUCCUGAUGACACCAAGCUGACCAAGAUUGAGACCCUGCGCUUUGCUCACAAUUAUAUCUGGGCCCUCUCAGAGACACUGCGGCUGGCUGACCAGCGCCUCCAGAAGCCACCCAAGGACAUGGUUCUGCCCAGUUACUUGAGCUCUGGGGACCAUCCGCCCAGCCCUGGCAGCGAUGCCGGCUCCUGGAUCUCCACAGCUUCUCCAGGCACUUCUUCCUCCCUGUCCGCCUGCACCUCCAGCCCUAGCAGCCCAGCAUCCUCUGAAGACUAUUGCUACAGACACACCGAGAACCUCUUCUCCUUCCACAGCCUCCCUAAAGACUUGUUGCAGAACACUUCUUGUUUUAUGCAGUACCAUUAGACUGUAAAGGCAGUGUGUACAUUGUGGGGUGUCCCCACCGAAAGGAUAAUCCCCUGUGAUCAGUGCUCUUACUUUUGUUAGAUUGUUCUGGUUGAGUUUUACAUUCAGAGUAACUUUCUGGGCUACAGUUGCCAGAACCUCCCUUAUUGAUGGAGGGAUUCUGGGAGUUGUAGCCUAAAAGGUACUCUUCCAAGCUCUUCAUUUUAGGUACUCACACAAAGCAAAGGAGCUGUGCUUUGGUUUUUCAGAUCAAAGCUCCUUCGAGCUGUCAUUUUCGAUCCAAGAAGUCACAAACAGGUCUGGCUAAAACAGAUAAAACAAUAACCAGGACUUUGAUACAGUAUUUUUGAGCAAAUAAUCAAUUGAUGAUUGUGGCAGCAGGACUCAUCUAUG